UCAUGAAUGACGUUUAUAUUCUCGUAUAUAAACAAAAAACAUUUAGUAUUAUUUUAAACGUUUUAAACAAUUUUAAAGUCGAUUAUAUUUAAAUUAUAUUUAAAUUUAAAUAGAAAAGAUGUAAAUUCAGAAAAUAUUAUAUAUAAAACAAAUAACUGAGAGUAAAAAACAAUAGAGAUUAUAAUAAUCAGAAAUUUUUUUCUGAAAAGUAUGUAUAUGCAGUAAAAACAGAAAAUAUAUAGUGAGAUUUUAAUUCAUAAAAUAACAUCAGGGGAUGUUUAAUUGACAAAAUUAAAAGUGUGCCCUUGAAUUUAUCUCGAGCGAUUUCAAAACAAUACGUAAAAAUUUGUAUGCAUAUACAAAUCACCGACGAUUUUCAUAUUCAUAAUUUGAUAAUUACAUUGUUUUAUCUUAAGAAAAAAUCGUGAUAUAUAGUGUUCUUUUCUAUAUAAAAUUAUUAAAAGAUAUCACGCGUAUAUCAAAAUUGGAUUAAAGUAAAAGAACAAGUAUGGAUUACUCAAUUAAAUCGCAAGAAUUUAAUACAAAUUCUCCCGAUGGUACUGAUUAUCGAAAGGUCGUUAAGAACAUAUUAUCUCAGAAAAUUUUUAUCGGCGAAUAUGUUGCGAGACGUUAUGUGGAGCAUUUACAAGAGUAUAGGGAUAUUGUUAUAUGUAGAGACAGUGAAACGGAGGUAACACGUUUUGUUCAACAGAUUCAGAAGCAGAUAAUUGCCGAAUAUGGAGACAAAAAAUGGCUUGGAAUUACAAAAAAUACUGAAACUCCUGAUUUAUCUGGAUAUGCUUUUUGGUGUACACUGGAAAAACUACCGUUUGGAAAACAUUGGUUUCAAGUCCGCUCUUUAAAAAUUAAAGACAAAGAAGUAUUUCUACAAUUAAAAUAUCUUCGACCUUUCCAAUCUGACGAACAAAAGAAAGACAUUGUUGAAGAUUUUAUAACUCCAAAUUUCAAAGAGAUAUGUACUUUUGAAAAUCUUUGCGAAGCUUCAAAAUUUAGUAUGGUGUUGUUUCUCACAAUUACAACGUGUUUAUUAAAGGGUGGUGCUUUUCUUCUAGACUUUUUGGUGAAAGUGAUUCAUGAAUUAUCAUUUUUAGUUCAAUCAUUUACACCAAUUGCAUUAGCACUGAUAAAUACCAUAGCAAAAUGUAUUGGAGGAUUUUAUUGGCUGAUAUAUAUGCUUUGGAAGGGAGAGUCAUCGCCUGUACCAAUUAAUAGAAAUCAACUUGCUUUAAUGAGUCCAUCAAUGCCUGUAAAUCGAGAACAUAUGAUUAAUAAUUCUAUGUCAAAUUCGUAUUACCGACCAAAUAGAAAAUCAUGGGAUAGUCGACGGUCAAGUGGAAAUCGGUGGUAAAAAAAAGUAUUUCUGAACCAAAUUUAAGUUAAUUAUACAAAUGUGUAAUUAAGUGAUUAUACAAUAAUGCAUAAUGCAAAUAGGUUUUCUGUAAAUUCUCUAUAAUUUACAAGAAAUGUAAAAAGAAGUAUUUAAUACUUGUAUAGCAUGAAGAACUAAAAUAUUUUCUUAAACUAUGAUAAAGAAAUUAUUAGUAAUAUAUUCAUCAUUUCGUUAAAGUUUGUAUUCUUUAAAAAUUUUAACGUAUUUAGUUUUCUUAAUUAUCAUCAAUGAUCAAGAAUCAUUGGAGUUAAAAAAAUCAGUUUUAGAUUUCACUUGACUCAAAUAUUGUUUUCCUUUAAGUGGAUACAGAUCAAACUGUUUUAAACAUGUGAUUUAAAAUUUUAUAAAAACGAAAGUAGAUUUUUUAAAUAGGAAUAUAAUCUUAAGUUAUUAUUUUGUAAAUACCGAGUAAAAUGUAUUUCAUUAAUUGAAUAAAUAAGUGUUCUUUAAUAA